GUUUGAGCUCAAGAUACCGCAAGAAAGGCCAGAUAUGCGUGGGUCGGCGUGGCAGCGACGCAGCGUCCUCGCGCUCUCGAGCCUCUUCGUCCUCGGGAGCACGUACUGCUACGACAACCCUGGCGCGCUGAAGACGCAGCUGCAGCAACACUUUGGCCGUACUAUCCCGCGCGCCGAGUUUGAAGUCUACUUUAACCUCAGCUACAGUCUCUACUCGGUGCCCAACGUCCUCUUGCCCUUCUUUGGCGGCGUCCUUAUCGACACGUACGGCGUCUCGUUCAUGGCGCUCGUACUGGCGUCGCUCAUUCUUGCGGGUCAAGUCGUGACGGCGCUCGGGAGCUCGUUUGAAAACAUCUACCUCCUGCUCGCCGGUCGUGUCCUCUUUGGUCUGGGCGGCGAGACAAUGUGGGUAGCCCAGACCACAUUUGUGACUCACUGGUUCAGCCCCAUGGAGCUUGGCUUUGCGAUUGGCAUCAACAACUGCGUUGCGACGCUCGGAACGCUCCUUAACGACGUGCUGAGUCCGUGGAUCGCAGCGGCCUUUGACGUGACCUUUGCUCUUUGGGUCGGCAGCUUUGUGUGCGUCUUCUCACUCUGUGCAACGAUCCUCUUGGUACGUCUCGAGUCGACGCUGCCAUUCGAGAGGGCGUCACCAGCUGCACCUGUGCGUCUUUGGGACCUACGCCGUUUCAGCCUUGGGUUUUGGCUCAUUGCGGUCCUCUACAUUGUGAUAAAUGCGUGCACGGGGCCAUUCGCGAACGUCGCGGGCAGUGUUCUCCUCGAGCGCAACUACUUUAUCGAGCCGCCUAUCGACUGCCGCCGCUGCGGCCUCGGCGCGUACCUCAACCACACCUGCGAGACGCUCGCACCAUCGUGCCCAAUGUCGCCGCCCUUUGCAUGGCCGCUGCCGCAGCUCGCGGCCAACUGUUCGAUCGUCUCGGCGUUCGACCAGUUCAAGUGCAAGAAAGGCCCACCGUACCUCCAGGACGACCAAAUCAACUGCGAUGCAACGGCGUGGCGCCACGGGCCACUGACCCACAUCUACUGCAGCAAAAAGAUCGACGCGACCGCCAAAGCGACAGCGAUGAUGGCCAUCACGCCGCUCGUGUCGGCCGUCUUUUCGCCGCUCAGCGGCAGCCUCGUGGACGGUCUUGGGGCGCGCGCGAGCUUGGGUCUCGUCGCCGACGUGGCGAUUGCGGCGGGCCAUGUGCUCGUGCGCUACACGACCAGCGAUGUCGCUCUCGCCUUGACCCUCUCUGGGAUCGGGCAGAGCUUAUUUGCCGCAGCCAUGUGGUCGGCGAUUCCAUUCGUCGUGCCACCGCGCUACGUGAGCACUGCGUUUGGUGCCAUCACAUCCCUCUCGAACGUGGGCCUUGCGACCGUGCCGUUGAUUGUGGCACAUGUGUACAGCCGCCAGCAGCACUACCUGCCGUCGGUCGCCAAUGUAUUUGUCGUGCUCAGUGCCUGCGGCGUCGUCCUCGGUCUCUGCUUGCUGGUCGCUGACGCCACCGUCUUACGCCGCGCGCUGAGUCGGCGCGAGGUAGCCGAAGCAAGUGCGAGCACCGAGCAGCUCUUGGACGCUUCGGACCGCGAUCUGUAACUUGGAAUUACAUGUCUCUUCUGUCCGACACCACCA